CUCACUUCCUGAACAGAUCAAUAAAAUGACCAGCGACAGAUCAGAGUCACUCAUCCGUAAAGUAAAUGAGUUUGUCAGCAAGCAACAUCUCAUCUGUUGAAGGCGGCAUAAAAAACUGAUUCUGCUGCUUUCCUUCAUCCCAAGAAACUCUGUCUUGACUCAACAUCAGUUCUCAAACAUCUAAGAGUUUCAUUUCAAGGGUUCUUGAAAUGAAAGCGGCUACAACAAUGCAAACGGGACAACUGAUGUACUUCCAUCUCAACAUUCUUCUCUACUCAAUGAAUAUCAUUUUUUGCAGUUUUCCAGUCAACGGAUUUUCACUCAAGUCUUGCCGAAUCAGCUACUCAAAGGCACUGUGCAUUAGCGCUCAACUCACAGAGGUUCCUCAAGACAUUCCACCAAUAUUGACAGGUUUCGACUUGUCCGUAAACAAAAUUCCCAAAAUUCAAGCAUCUGAUUUUAAAAAUCAACCACAUCUGAUCAGUUUGAACCUGAAACACAACAAAAUUUCUCAGAUAGCUGGAGGUGCGUUUAGCAAUCUGAUUGCCUUGAAGGUGUUAAACCUCAAUAACAAUAAACUUGUUGCACUGGGAGACAGUCUCUUUGAUGGUUUGAGUAACCUCACAGAGUUACGAAUCGUGAACAACGGCAUCAAAUCUGUGUCGCCUUCCACAUUUAAGCCUUUAGGAAGGUUGCAGGUGUUGGACUUGUCGAGCAACAAACUGGUAUACUUAUUCACAGUUUCUUACAUUUUACAACACGUGCCGAAUCUACGUGAGCUGAACAUUAAACAGAACACUUUAUGGGCUUUUAUGUCGGAGAAGUUGUCAAAUAAGUCAAUAGGACUAAUGUCACUUGAUUUGUCACAAAAUCACCUCAGUAGCUUUACGAUGAGUGCAGAUGUUUUCCCGAACCUCACGUGGCUAAACCUCAGCGGCACGGCUAAAAAGCGUCAUUUAAAAUGGGAGGUGAGGAACACAACUUUUCUGAGACACGUCUCCAUUCUUGAUAUUAGUUCGUUUCGCUUGCCAUUGGAUAAAAUAAAAAUGAUAUUAGAGAGUUUCAACUCCUCCCUUACCAAUCUGAGGAUGAAUUCAAUGAAAAAUAAUAUCAAAACGCUCGUCAGCAUUUCCUGCUCAAUCCCAACGCUGUCCACGCUGCAGCUCCAGAACAACCAGCUCACAGCUGUCGCUUUUGAUUUCUUUCCACUGUGCACUAAUGUGACUGAGAUCGACUUAUCACAAAAUCAGAUUGUAAAAAUCAACGAAAAUGCCUUCAAACCUCUUGAAGCACUCAGGAUUUUAAAUCUGAGGUGUAACAGGCUUUCAUCUGUUCCAAGUGCCAUCAGAAAUCAACCAACUCUUGUGGAACUGGACCUCAGCAGCAACAAAAUCAGAGCACUCGGUUGUCAAGACUUCGCCAACUUGAUAAAGCUCAGAGAGCUCAGUCUUAAUCAGAAUUCUCUCUCGGCUCUAACAAAUUGUACGUUCAGGGAAUUAAUUAACUUGCAGGUACUGAAGCUGCAGCACAACAGCAUCGCUUCACUGUACGGGUCUUUCCAGAAGUACUUGCCAACUCUCAAAAUUCUGCAUUUGAAUAGUAAUAAGCUCACAACAAUCGCACGCGAGGAAUUUAUGGGUUUGCGUUCCCUCCAGAACUUGUCAUUACAAGAAAACCAAAUUAAUUAUCUUGAUAAAGGGGCUUUUAAUAAAUUGAGAAAUCUUAGUUAUCUUCAGCUACAGUCUAAUGGACUUGAAGCAAGUGGAAUACAAAAUGUUUUCAGCACUCUUAAAAAUUUACAAAGGCUGGAUUUGAGUAACAACCGCAUUAGAUAUCGCAAUGAUGUACCUUUGUCUGAGCCACCAUUUUCUCAACUGUCCCAGUUGGAGUAUUUGUUUUUACCAAGUCAACACCACAGGGGGAAAGGUUCUCUGCCUCGUAAUCUUCUGCAAGGUUUGACAAAUCUAUUAUAUUUUGACACCAGGGACAGCCGACUUGCAUCCUUGCAUGCAAACACCUUUAAUUAUACACCUCGGUUGAAAGUUCUGUAUAUAAACUCGAACGAGAAGAUGGCUGUCUCUCCAGAUUUGUUUGCCCCAAUUUCGAACCUUAAAAGCCUCUACAUAUCUAGAACAACUCUUGGUUCUCUGAAUAUCCUUCAAAAAGCAAACCUUACCAAGCUUGAGUUCCUGCAAGCAAGAAUGAAUCAAUUUUCAGUCAUCAGUAAAGAGACAAUAAAGUCUCUUCCAGCCCUUUUGUACCUGGAUCUUCAAAAUGACACUUUCUAUUGUAACUGUGACAACGCCUGGUUCCUCCAGUGGGUGAAAGACAACAACCAAACACAAGUUUUUGAUGCCUACAACUUUGUUUGCCAAUACCCUCAAGACCUUGCAGGAACAAAACUGUUGGAACUUGAUGUCCGCUCUUGCUCACUGGACACUGAAUUCAUCUGCUUCUUGUCCACCACAUGUGUGAUCGUGUUUUUCAUGGCGGUGACCUCCACAUAUCACUUUCUACGAUGGCACCUGGUCUACGGCUAUUAUUUCUUCCUGGCUUUGCUUUUUGACAGAAAGCAAAAGAACAAACAGACACCUCAUCAGUAUGAUGCAUUUGUUUCUUACAACAUCUAUGAUGAGCCUUGGGUCUUUGGAGAACUGCUACCAAAACUCGAGGAAGAACAAGGCUGGAAGUUGUGCCUGCACCAUCGAGACUUCCUGCCAGGGAAACCAAUCAUUGAUAACAUUACGGAUGCCAUCUAUGGAUGCAGAAAGACCAUCUGUGUGAUAAGUCACCAUUACCUUGAGAGCGAGUGGUGUUCCAGAGAGAUCCAGAUGGCCAGUUUUCGUCUGUUUGAUGAGAGAAAAGACGUGCUGAUCAUGGUUUUUCUGGAGGAGAUUCCCACCCGUCAGCUGUCUCCUUACUACCGCAUGAGGAAGCUGCUGAAGAAGCAGACCUACCUGAGCUGGCCCAGAGCUGAGCAGCACACCCAGCUGUUCUGGGAGAAACUCAACCAGGCUCUGCAGACCAGACAAGAUCACAACAGCAUGUACAUGAUGGAUGUGACGAACGCACAGUGAGGAAAAGCACUUAUGGACACUGACAGCCAAAUCAUCUCAUUAGUUUGUGUUACUCAUAGACUUUUCAUCUUCAUCCACAUCUGUUUGCCUGAUUGUUUGAUGUUUUAUUUUCAUAUUGCUCAUAUAGCCAAUAGGAAUAUAGUGUUCGUGUAGUACCACCAUGUGGUAGGUUGUUGGAACUGCACUUAAAAGACAUUGAAAAUGGAGCACAUUUGUUUGCAAUUAUUGCGUCCUACUAUGUGUAAAUGUAUGCAAUCACAAUACUGCAUUGUAUUUCAUAUUUUUAGUCUUACACAUGCACACACACACACACACACCACCCCCACCCCCACCGUGGGUAGUAUUUACUACCUUACUUUCUACUGAAUUGGAGAGCAACACUGAUUGUACAUUAAAGGCACCAGAGGGGUGAUACCUGUGUACCUGAC